AUGGGUUGCGGUUUGUCGCGGCCUUGGAGGCGCCGGCCUCGGGAGGCGUCGGUUCAAAGCAUCCGACCGCUGCCCGAAUCGAGUGACGGGGAAGAGGAGACGCCGCUGCUCCUGGCCGUGAGAGAAGAGCUGUGCGACAAGGCGGCCGAUGAACCGGAGAUCGCCGGUGGAUCCGAAGCAUCGAGUGGCGGGGAGGAAGAGGAGACGCCGCUGCUCCUGGCCGUGAGAGAAGAGCUGUGCGACAAGGCGGCCGAUGAACCGGAAAUCCACGGCAGAUCUGUUAUUUGCCCAGCUGGUUCCGGGGCUUUCGCAGUCAGAAUCUGUGGUUUGCUCGGCCUGGCACUGGCCAUCGCGGCCGCGGUGGUGUUGCGAGAAUCGUUGGGCAAAGAGUUCCACGUCUUGCAUGUGAAAAUGGUGGAUUUCAGCAACCUGCGCAGGUUCGCCCCAGGGCCUUGCUUCACCGACCAGAUGCGGAAGAUCAUGGAGUGGGCAAUCCUGACGUGCGAUGAGCAUCGCACACAGCUGUUGCUCUGUGGAAUGCUGCUGUUGGCUCUGUUUCUGUUGAAAAAGUGCAGCGGAUGUGUUGCAGAGUUUGUUGUCCGAAAAAUUGCUGGUGAGGAGCACGUCGAAAGAUUCUUUGCAAAAGCUGAAGUGGCUCAAAUGGUUUUGCUGUGGCUGGCCGACAUGCUGUCAGAUGUGUACGUGACCUACAAAUAUUGCAAGCAGGAGAUGUAUGUUUUUGCUCUUCUCAUGAUCUUGAUUUGGCUUGGCAGCGGAUGCGUAGCUUUUGGCCACAGAUAUGUGAGCUGGCAACGGUGCAGGCCUGACGCCAACACUGACUAUUAUUGGGCCUCAGGCUUGAACGAGCAUGGUGAACCAAAGCCCGGCUUCAAGAGCUUCGCGCUGUACGUUGCGCAGGUCCAGCCUGUGAUCAUGGCCUGGGACGGUUGGCUUCAUGGCAUGACUCGACACCUGCGUGAGGAGAAGAUGUUGGCUGCGCUGGCUGAGGGUGCGCCGUCGAGUUUGUUGCAGCUUUAUGCUAUGAUGUUGGAACCGCCCCAGGAAAAUUUGUUCGACCUGCUCAUUUUGUGCGGAUCAAUCGCUAUGUCCAUCCUGACCGUUGCGGAGGGAAUCAACAAUGCUUAUGAACUCUGCGUUCCUGAAAGUCGCAAACUGGAGAAAAACAUUUUGCCACCAGGUGCCUUGCUAUGCUUCAGAUGGUGUGACAGUUUUUCGCGGAUUGGUGCUUGGGCAUUGCUGGGAAUGUGUCUUCGGCCGAUUGGUGCCAAACUUCAUGGCAUACAACAGCCGUAUUUGCCUCUGAUACUGGCAGCGGAACUGCUGUUGAUCACCGCAGUCUUCAAAUCCCGAAGUUUCGGGUUGAAUCUGGCAUGGUCUGAGCUCUUCAAGAAAGAAUACCUUGUCAGUGUCAUGGCCUGCUUCCUUGGCACCUACUGGUGCUGCAAUACCGCAGAUUUAGCAGCCCAACAUAGGCUUUCCAGAUCUUUGCUUGCGCUCCGUAUCAUGCAGACUCUGGGAAUAUUGUGGUUGUGCGCUUGGUCUUUUUCCAUUGCAGUUGGAAGUGACUGCCUUGCGGUUGAACAGCCAGCCGUGGUGAUCGUCGCUUUGCUGGUUCUAUUCACCUUUGCCUUGGCAUUUCUCACGGCACUGGCGCACGACGUCGCCAUGUCGUUGUUUGCUUUGCCCUUCUUCCCCAUCAUAGCAGGCAGGAGGGGUGGACGCUUGGAGCUGGCAGCGCGGUUCGGUGUGGCGUCGCAGAUUCCACGCCUGCUGCGGGCUGCCGAGGAAGACGAAGAUGGCGUGGCGGCGCUGUGCCAGGCUGCUGAGGCUGGACAGAGCUCGGUGAUCCAUGCGUUGGUCGACGCCGGGGUUUCGCUUACUGCGAAGUGGCGAGGCCAAUCUGCACUGCACUGGGCCGCUGAGGGGGGCCACGUCAGCACCAUCCAGGCACUGCAAUCGUGUGGCGAAAGCGAUUUGGAACGGGGGACGGAAGACGGAGAGACUGCGGCUAUGCUUGCGGCUUCCAAGGGCCGUUUGGAGGUGGUGCAAUUUCUUCACAGGGCCGGAUGUGACUUGGACAAAGCCAGCAACAGAGGAAGAACUGCAGGAAUUUCGGCGGCCCUGUACGGCCAUUUGGAAGUCGUGCAAUUUCUUCACAGGGCCGGAUGUGACUUGGACAAAGCCAGCAACAGUGGAAGAACUGCAGGAAUUUCGGCGGCCCUGUACGGCCAUUUGGAAGUCGUGCAAUUUCUUCACAGGGCCGGAUGUGACUUUGAGAAAGCCGACAACAGUGGAAGAACUGCAGGAAUUUCGGCGGCCCUGUACGGCCAUUUGGAGGUCGUGCAAUUCCUUCACUGGGCCAGAUGUGACUUGGACAAAGCCAACAACAGUGGAACAACUGCAGGAAUUCUUGCGGCCUUCAACGGCCAUUUGGAGGUCGUGCAAUUUCUACACAGGGCCGGAUGUGACUUUGACAAAGCCAACAACAUUGGUUACACUGCUGGAAUUUGGGCGGCCGCUAACGGCCAUUUGGAAGUCGUGCAAUUUCUUCAAAGGGCCGGAUGUGACUUUGAGAAAGCCACCAACAAUGGUGACACUGCUGGAAUUUUGGCGGCCCUCAGCGGCCAUUUGGAGGUCGUGCAAUUUCUUCACAGUUCGGGUUGCUACUUCGGGGUACGUUUCUUGCAUGCAGCCGCAGACGGCGAUCACUUGAUGGUCGCGGAAUUUCUGCUUGGUUUUGUGGAUGUCAACGCUGCAGGCAUCGGCAAAGUUCGUGCUUUGGACAUUGCAAGGGCAAAGGAUCCUAAUGGCCCCGUGACCGAAGCGUUGCUGCUGGCAGGUGCCAGUCCCGGCCCUGAGCCCCAGCUGAGCCGAGGCAAGUUUUAUCAAGAAAUCCAGAUCUUGAGCGAGUUCGACUGCCCUCAGCUGGGGUGGCUCAGUACAGAUUUCAAGGGUGGAGAUGAUGACGGUAAAGGCGUCGGCGAUGAUUCCAACGGCUGGGCGUUUGAUGGGCAACGGUGCUGCUGCUGGCACGGUGGGAGAAGGGAACCGCUGCAGAUCGCACCGUGGAAUGUCAACGACGUCCUCGGCUUUGCCAUCGACCUGGACAAGGGGCAGAUGCAGCUGCGCACUGCGCAGCAAGAACUGACCAUGCCGUUCAAGGCCCACGGAGUUGUGUGCUUGGGCCCGGCCUUGUACCCUGCAGCAAGCAUCAGGGGUUUGUUUCGAAUGCAUCUGGCCAAAGACAGUUGGAAGUUCCAGCCACCUCGGGGGUACAAAGAGUGGGGCCGCGGGGGGUUUGCCUGGAGCGACUGA